ACUGGAGCCAUAACUUGACAGAUGUCAGGUGACAGGUGUGUUUUGUACAUCGAGCAACACACAUGUAUUUAUUUUCAGUUUGGAUGAACUGGUCCUUUAAAUUCGCUCACGCGCCUGCAAGACAACAUCGAGGGCAAUAAUUACCCGGCACAGGUUGGAUGACAUUACGGAAGGGCUGUUCCCCUCCUCCUCCUCCUCCCUUCACAAGUGAGGAGUCGGGAAAACCAACAACAACAAACAACAACAGCGGAGUCAACAGUCGGAACCGGCAGAACCCGGAGAACCCGCAGGGUCCAGGUGACGUCAUGGCCCAGGCGAACAUCUCGGUGACGGAGAACCAGUUCCGGUGCCCGGUGUGCCUGGACCUGCUGAAGGACCCGGUGUCCACCCCGUGCGGACACACCUACUGCAUGGCGUGCAUCAACGGCUACUGGGACCGCGCGCAGGCGGCGGCGGCGCGCGCGAGCUGCCCGCAGUGCCGCGAGACGUUCAGCCCGCGCCCGGUGCUGCGCCGCAACACGGUGCUCGCGGAGGUCGUCGGCAAGCUGACGCUGAGCGACGCGCGCGCGGCACCGGAGCUCUACCUCGGGGGCGCCGGCGAGGUGCCGUGCGACUUCUGCCCGGCGGAGAGCGCGCUGCGCGCGGUCAAGUCGUGCCUGGUGUGCCUGGCUUCCUUCUGCGAGCUGCACGUGCUGCCGCACCGGGAGGUGGGCACGCUGCGGCGGCACCGGCUGGUGGACGCGGUGGACGCGCCCGCGGAGCGGCUGUGCGCGCAGCACCGCCUCGGGCUGCUGGAGCCCGCGGCGGCGGCGGGCGAAGAGGCGGCGGCGGGCGAAGCGGCGGCGGCGGCGUGGAGCGGCGACUGCCUGCUGUGCGAGGCCGACCGGGAGGAGGCGCCCGGCGGGGAGGGCCAGAGGGCCCGGAGGCGGCUUCAGCUCCAGGAGUCUCAGAGGAGAGUUCAGGGGAGGACACGCAGCGGAGUGAGGGAGCUGGAGGAGUUCCAGCAGAGCCUGGAGUCCCUGAAGGUGUCGGCGUCGGCCGUCCUGGAGGACAGUGAGGCUGUGUUCGCUGACAUGGCCCAACGGCUGGAGAAGACCAAGGCCGAGGUCCGAGCCCGGCUGGAGGCCAAGGAGCGUGCGGUGGUGGGCCGGGCGGAGCGGGACAUGGAGGUUCUGGAGAGAGACCUGGAGGAGCUGAGGGGGCGGGACCAGGAGAUCCAGCUGCUGCUGCAGACACAGGACCACGCCCACUUCCUACAGGCGGCCCCCCCCCUGUGCGUCCCCCUCCCCCCCGGCCGUCACUCGCGGGCCCUCAGCCUCCCCCCUGAGGGCUUCAGCGGGGCCCGGCGGGCGCUGUGCGCCCUGCGCAGCCGCAUGGAGGAGGUGUGCCGCGAGGAGGUCGACAAGGUCAGCCGCGCAGUUAAUGAAAACGACGUGUCGGGAGGGGAGUGUGUAAAAGGCCGACGUGCAGAGAACUCCAAACCGCCGCACGCCACGGGGGUGCCGGUGUCGUUCCCUCUCUCCUCUCUGUCCCUGCAGCCGGCGGAUCAGAGGAUGCGGGCGGCGUUCCUCAGGUUUUCAUGUCGUCUCUCUCUGGACCCGGACACCGCCCACCCCACGCUGGUCCUCCUGGAGGGGCCCCAGGGGGCCCACUGCGGCGAGGAGCCCCAGUCCUACCCGCCGAUGCAGCAGCGCUUCGACUCCGUGGCCCAGGUGCUGUGCCGUGAGGGCCAGAUGGGCGGCGCCAGCUACUGGGAGGUGGAGUGGCGCGGCGGCGGCUGGGUGGACAUCGGCGUGACGUACCGCGGCAUCGGGCGCAAAGGGGGCGGCAAGCCGUGCCUGCUGGGCCGCAACCAGAACUCGUGGCGGCUGCGCUGCACGCACGCCGGCUACGCCGCCUGGCACGACAACCGCAAGACCACGGUGGCGGCGCCGCCUUGCCCCCGCAUCGGCGUGUUCCUGGAGCGCCAGCGGGGGGCGCUGUCCUUCUACAGCGUGUCGGACGCCUUGGUGCUGCUGCACACCUUCCGCUGCCCCUUCUCUCAGCCGCUGCACCCGGCCUUCCGCCUGGACCUGGACUCCACGCUGCUCAUCUGCUCCCAGGAGGGGGGCGGCGGCGGCGGCCCGGCCUGAGCCUGCCGGUCCCACCGCUGCAGGCAAGAAAAAGGGCUGUUAGUGGCAAGGACUGAAAGGCAGGUCGCCGGCGAAGGAGCAACGACGUCGCGGUGAAGCGAAUCAAACCGUCUUCAUGCAUCCUCCCUCCUUCUUCGAUAAAGAAAUACGAACUUUCCACUUUAAAACAUUCACAAUGUGCUUUUUGUUAUUAUUUUACGUGAACCUUUUUAGUUUAACCGCUGCAGGCAAGAAAAAGGGCAGCUUAGAAGGAGCAACGACAUCGGGGUGAAAGGAAUCAAACCGUCUUUUUGCAUUAUUAAAGAACCCAGAUGCAGCGCGGCGGCCAAUGAGCUUCUGGAGGCUAACCGUCCCACCCGUUUUCAGUCUUUGUGCUAAGCUAAGCUAACCAGCUGCUUCGUCUUUACUGUCAAUUAUUAUUUGUUUGGUUUCUUCUCAAUGUGGAAUUAUUCCUUUUUAACCGGUUCUCUUUCUACAUUUUAUCUGAUCAUAUACGUGUCAGUGUGUUUACGAAUUAUCACAAACAUGUGUGAUGACAGUUUUAAUUGGGCAAGUCAUUAUUCCUCCGCUAAAGCUAAAGCUAUGCUAAAGCUGCGUGGAUCACGAUCUGGAUUCCAUCUGUUCACCAAAUUAAACACGUUAAUAAUGUGAAAGGAGCCUUUGCUUUCAAAUCAAUCCUGUUAUUAAUAUUAUUAUUAUUAUGAUGACAUCACAUCCAUAGCGGUGGAAGCUGGUUCAGCUGGUUGUUACGCAGUUUCUGAUUGGAGGCCAUAUUGUAGCCGUGGGUUUUGAUGAUGGCGUGCGGCGUGCGGCGCCUCUCUGCCGUCUGAAGCUGCUCCUCCAGACGUUUAAGGCCUUUUUGGAUCUUUCUAAACUAACUAUGCAACACAACGAAAUGCAGUUGAAACACAAGAAAAUAAGAGCAGCGCAUUCCUGCAGGCAUUUAUUCAGCUUGCAUCAUAAUGCAUGAAAAUAAUUAUAUAUUUAAUGUAAUUGUUUUGCCAUGAAGGGCUUUAUUCCACCGGCUGUCUGAUGAGCUGCAGCGUCCACGUUUUCACUUCCUGAACGCAGUGAGUCGUAAUAACCCGAUCCAAAGGGGGUCGGAGUCCUCUUCAUGGAUCCUCAUCUUAUAUUCACUUUUUGUCAUAUACUAUUAAAAUAUGUAUUAUUUAUUUUAUAUUUUUGUGUCGAAAUUAAAGGUUUGCAAAAAAUCA